GGCUUAUCAUAAUAUGUCCGAUGUUUGUACCCGUUAACUGCUUCGCUGCUGUUGCUCCGCUGUAGCGGGACGCUCAGAGGGAGUGAGAGAGACGGAGAGAGGCGGGAAGCAUGAGUGAAGCAUUGGCGCGUGUUUCUGUUCCUUUCUCCUCUGCUUCCGUCCAUCCCGGGCUGUUCGUACGAGGUGGUAGCCUUCCGAGUUCGCGUUCUCUUGUGGCCGUUAAACUGCCCAAGGCGGUGACUGGAACUCCACUCCGGAGCAGAGUUCUCAGAUUGCCGGAAUCCGGCCAUGGGGCUCGACCUCGCACCUUGAGAGCGGCUGCUGCUUCUAGCGGAACCGCCCUCGAUGCCGGAAAGGAAGCGUCCCCACGAGACGUCGAGGCUGUGGUCACGGAGGAGCCCAAUUCCAGAGCUAGAAUAGCUGUUAAUGUUCCUCCUGCUGUAUGCAAAGGUUGCUACGAUCGUGUAUUAGUGGAGUUUGGCAAAACCAUCAGGGUUCCUGGAUUUCGUCCUGGAAAGAGAGUCCCAGAGAAUAUUUUAGUAAAUUAUGUGGGAAAGCAGAAUGUAAGAAAUGCUGCAAUAGAAGCUGUUCUGAAGGAGACGCUACCAAAAGCACUCUCUUCGGUCAAUGGACGUGCUUUAGAAGACUCUGUUCGCAUCGUGACAAAGUUCUCUGAGCUUGAUUCUGUCUUUUCACCUCAAGAUUUUCUGAGAUAUGAGGUUGCGCUUGAUGUGGCACCUGAGGUCAAAUGGGUGAUGCCGGAUGCAUACAAAAACCUGAAGGUAGUUAUUGAAAUUGAUGAAGAAAUACAAGCACAAAAGGCUUGUGAAAUCGAACUGAGACGUCGCCAUAAGGCGGCAGGUGUACUAAGGAUUGUUGAAGACAGGGGACUUCAGAUUGGAGAUGUUGCAGUCCUUAACAUCUAUGCUAAAACAGCAGAACAAAGUGAUGAUGGUGGCGAAACUAUUCCAUCUGCAGAGCAAAAAGGAUUUCACUUAGAUACUGAAGAAGGUGAUGAUCUUCUUCCUGGAUUCCUUGAUGCAAUAGUUGGAAUCGGAAGGGGAGAGCAAAAAUCUUUCCUUUUAGCAUUCCCAGAUUCAUGGAAACAAGAAAAUCUCCGUUCUGUUAAGGCCCAAUUUACUGUUGAAUGUAAAGAACUCUUUUACAGAGACUUGCCACAACUUGAUGAUGCAAUUGCUGAUAAACUUUUUCCUGGAUGCAGUACCUUGAAUCAGGUAAGGGAAUCUUUAUUACAGGCAUGCGAAAAUGCAGAACAAGAAGCCAGAGAACAGGCAACAGACAAUGCCCUUCUAGAUGAACUCACCAAGAUUGUAGAAGUUGAUGUCCCACAAUCUUUGUUCGAGGAGCAAGGCCGCCAACUUUAUGGAGCCUACCUUCUCCAGUUACAGGCAAGCAAGAGAUUGAAUGAACAACAACUGGUUUCCUUAUCAAGUGAAAAUGCAGUAAAAGAAUACCUCAAUAAUCAAAAGAUGAACAUAACCAAGAUAGUGAAACAAACUCUUGCUGUUGGAGAGAUUUUCAAGUGUGAGGGUUUGCAGUUAUCAUUGGAGGAACUAGAGAAAGAGGUGGUUGAUGCAGUUGCAGAAUUUAAGAGUCAUAAGCAAGAAUAUGAUGAGAAGCGGAUAAGAGAACAGGUGCAAGGUAUACUUGAAGGGGCUAAGGUGCUAGAAUGGCUAAAGCAGCAUGCAGAAAUUGAAUUCGUGACAAAAUAAGGUGGUUAUCAAGGGCGAAGCAUGGAAUAAGAUCUCAAAAGUAAGGAAUAGUGUAUAAGAAAGGCAAAUGUAUAUUCCUGUGUUUUAUUAAACUUCUCCAAGUAUCAUGGGUCUUAUUUUCAAAUUUUGUAAGUUAUUAAAUAUUAAGAUUCCUAUGAGGUUCUAGGCUAUAAGAAAAAAAUAAUUUAUUUUUA